AUGAUAACAGCUGGUAAAAAUGGCUUUCAACCUGUAAGCAUUUAUGCAAGAAGAGCAAGAAAACCUCUUUUGAGUCAUCUAGAAGAUGAUCCAUCAAUAACUUCUUGGGAAAUGUUAGGCACAAAUUUAUCUGUAAAAAAAGCUGAUGGUGAAUGGUCAUCAGAAUCAGAACGGUUAUUGUUGAUGGACCGUAAAGAUUUUAAUCAAUUAGGCAUAGGAGUUGAUGAUUUGAUAGAUGCUUAUGUACAGACUUGUUUAGCAGUUAUUGCAAUUGAUAAAAUGUGUCAAAAGUUGAUGCCAGAAGAAGGGAAAUUUGAUUUUAAUUUAUUCAGAGCUUUAAAUCCUGAUGAAACUUUGUUAUCAGAAAUAUUAGAGUAA